UCCCGAAUAAUCGCAUUCAGUUAUCAAAUUUAAUUGCACUUUCAAAGUAAACAGUUACUAACCAUAUUUACCACAUAAGUAGGUAGUGAAUAUAUUUAUAUUUUAGAUUAAGAAUAAUUUGCACUGGCAUCUACUAUACAAAAUGACCACAGAAAUUGGAAUUUAUCAUUGGAAACUUGGCGAUGUUGCUCUAGCAAGAAUGUGCAGAAAAGUUUACACCAGAGUGAAAGUUAUCAAAGAUCAUAAAGGAUUAUUUUAUGACGAUAAAGCGUUAGGAAUCUUCGGAAAUGAAGAUGGUAAUAUUACCGUGAAUUGGGAACUCUGUUACUAUGUGGAGACUUGUACAACUAAGCAAAGACUAUGGUUACCAUACACAUGUAUGUUUCUCGCUGAGCGUUCAAGACCUUUCUAUGGACCUGCUGAUAAAACACCAAAGAAGAUAUCUCCUGAGAAGCCCCCUAGAAAGAGAAAGCCAAAGGAAGACCAUACAUUGCCCCUCGGAGUCAGACCUCACAAACUAAAAGAACCGGAUUUGAACACAACAUAUGACAUCACACAUGUACCACUAAAGCAAGGAAAAUGCGAGAACGCUUUUAAGGAAUUUGUGCGGAGAGGAAAAGAAAUGAUUUUUGAUGAAUAUUUUUACAUUUUGCAAAGUAACAAUCGUACUGAUAGAGACACGUUAGAUUAUUUGUUGAACAUUGAUGCUAGUACAGAGGAUAAAUUUGAGACGGUACUGAAAAAUGUAGCUACGGAGAAAGAGAUCGAGAACUACUUACAUCAGUGCUGGAGGUACAAUUACGUACGUAAAUCAGAAAGUAAAGAAGUUAUUGAAAGUACUCAUACAUCUCCAACAAAACCUCAAAUAACGAUUCAUAUAUCAUGGUGCCUGGUUUGCGGGAAGAAGGAGAAGCUACGUGAGUGUCCUAACUGCCCUUCGUCCUUCCACAUGCCGUGCAGGAGGGAGUGGCUGGUUAAUAUACUACAUCGGAAGAACCCACCACAAAAGCCCUCAAAGCAAACGACAUUGGUUGAAAAGAUUUUGUCGAGUACUCGCACAAUAUGUACUGUUAAGAAAGAGAAGGAAAAUACCGAACUGUGCCCUAGUUGCAUGUGGGGGCCACGGGUUGGUUAUGAUGAUGUAGUGUGGCACAAACUGGGGUCAUGUCCGUGGUGGCCAGCCCGCGUCUUGACUCCAGGCUCGACACCCUCCUGUCUCCUCUCUCGCAGUCACACCCCACACCAGUGGCCUCUCAGAUACUACGCAGAUGCGGCUAUAGAGGUCUGCUCGUGAAAAACAUUGCCAAUGUCAAGACAGCGCCAUUGGCAUGUUUGAAAACGAUUAAUAACACGUCAAUCCACUUUCACAGCAACUUGACAAUGGACAGUAGAGGUAAGGGAGAAUCAUUGACUACGACUUGGUGGUGGGAAUGUUAGUAGUUAAAUUUGAAUUGCUCGCUGUUUCUUCUUUAUUGCUAAGCUAAUAAGGUUCAAAGUUAAAUUGGGGUAAACAAAGAGAAUAUGUACCGAGCUUGUGUGCUUGCUUGGUACAUCAGCAUAAGGAGAGAGAUGUUGCUAUUUGGGACUAGCAUUGGAUAUGUCGUUGGCCUGAUUCAGACUGCGAUAUUCCCUGAAUUCCAUGACAGAUACGGCCGUCUUUGGUUGGCGCUUUUUUUUAUUGCUUAGAUGGGAGGACGAGCUCACAGCCCACCUGGUCUUAAGUGGUCACUGAAGCCCAUAGACAUCUACAACGUAAAUGCGCCCUUGAGAUAUGUUCUAAUAUCUCGGUAUAGUUACGACUACCCCAUCCUUCAAGCCGAAACGCAUUGCUGCUUCAGGGUAGAAAUAUCAGUAGUAAUAGCGGUAGGUGGUAGUGCCUACCCGUGCGGAAGAGGUCCUACCACCAGUAUAAAAGCGUCUCCGUCUCACCCUGCCUAUUUCUGGCGCGAAACAGUAACACGCUCCGAUUUUGAGGGUGGGGCAGUCGUUGUACUGUAAAAUUGAGACCUAGAACUCAUCUCUCAAGGUGGGUGGCGGCAUUUACGUUGUGCAUGUUUAUGGGCUCACAAAAAUGAACACAUAAAGUUCAUUACGGAUCUUCCCGGUGCACUCUUGGCAUUUUUAGGCAUUCCAAGAACCGGUUACCGUGCAUCUUACUUGACUUACAGACACAAGUCACUGAGUGGGUCACGAUUCUAAUCCGAUGGUACAUUCAGCGAAGAGCUCUAUCUAGGGUUAGUGUUAGCAGCAAGUGUGAGGCUGGAAAAAAAAUGGUGCGCAUGAAACUUGGCGCACGUGAAAGAAGUCAAACUUCUUUUGCGGUGUGUAGUGUUGUGGUUUUCUUUAUUUCUUCUCCAUAAACCAAAUUUCUCUUGUAAUAGCAAAUGCUUGUACCUAUAAGAGAAGCGAACUAGCUCGCUUUGUCGUUUCCUUCUCUCCUCGGUCGAGUGGUUCGCGAGACGCUCUGUCUAUUUUCUCACUCUCGCUCGUCCCUAAAUUGUAUCUUUUCUCUCUAACCGUAACGAAUCUGUCGGGUGUUAUAGGGGAAUGCCCACUCUCCAUAAUGUGCUAGGCCCAAGAUGGACAUCAAAUAUUUCUAUAAAAAUGGACUGAUUCAAAUUCUUAAAUGUAUUGGAUAUCUAAAAAAUAUAUUGAAAUUGACGCCACUAUUAUUAAAAAUAUAAUAAAAAUAAAAACUCGUUUUGAGGUUAAUUUUCUAUAUAAAUAAGUGUCGGAUUGUGAGAUACUUCAAGAACUUUUCUUUUCUUAAUGUUUAAGAUGUUCCUAAUGUAUUUUUAUCCAAUAGGGUAUAAAAAACACACUCAUAUGUACUUCUUUAAAUAUCUAUAUUUUCUUCAUCUUCAUACACAAUUAGUAAAUAAUCUAAAAAUAGCAAAGGAGAGCAUAUACACGGUUUUAAAUCUCGGUCAGGGUAAAACGACAAUUCACACAAUGUUUUUUAGUCGUAGUAUGAAACAUUAUUGAUAAAAGUAAAAUAAAUCGAAGAAAAAUCAAAACACAUCCAUUUUGAACGCAAGCACAACACCACAAGCAGCAAGCGAAGUGUCAGUCAGUCAGAUUUAAUUCAGUGUUGUCAGUAUAAAGAAAAAUAAUUACAUGAAAUUCAUAUAUCGAUUUUUUUUAAAAUAACCGAUAAUUUAUUUAUAUCUUUAAUCUUUUUUUUACGAGUACACAUUAUUUUUUAUGUUUUUGUUUUAGUUGUCCAUAUUUAAAUAACAAUACUAGUAAAGUUUUUAUUUAUUGCUUAGAUGGGUGGACGAGCUCACAGCCACCCUGGUGUUGUUAAGUAGUUACUCGAGCCCACAGACAUCUACAAUGUAAAUGCGCCACCCACCUUGAGAUAUAAGUUCUAAGGUCUCAAGUAUAGUUACAAGUUAAAGUCCAAUGGGUAUGUCUUCGAUGUUAUUUUAUGCGCAUAAAAUCGAUUGAUUAAUGAUAAUACUUAAAAUGAUUUAUUUAUGUGUUUUAUUUAUAUACUUAAAAUAUUUACUUCAUACGUAAAAGGUUUUGAAGCUGGCAAUAUUUUUCCCGCAAAAAUCAAAAUCCUUGUUUUUUCAAUAGGGUUACUUUUUUUAAACUACUUAUUGUAAACUGUAGUGGCGCUCAUUUGGAAGAAAAUAAACGCGUAUUUAUUUAUGACAAAAUUAAUGCACUAAGUAUUUUUUCUCUAAUCUAUUGUCCGCUUUGGGCCUGAAAUGGGCAUUCCCCUUUUACUCUCAACGCGCCUAAAGAGCUCCACAUCAAAAAACCUAGAGUUCUAAUUUAAAUGGUAUUUUGUUAAGUCAUGAUAAUUUACAAGUGUGGGCACAGAGGAGACUACUAGAAAAAGAAAACUGCUUUGAUUUUAAUGUGUGUGCUAUUAAAAUGCAAAUGAAGCUUUGGCGACACGUCCCAAGGCUCACAUUUGAGUGUCCACGGGAUAUCUCCUUAUCAAUGGGUGGAUUGUUAGUUGCAAAUUCCCUCGAAUACCGACUAUAAUGGGUUAUGCACUCUAGGCACUGAGAACUACUCGUGGGGGGACGCGUCGCGCAUGUGCCUCUUCCUGCCGGGUCACACUGCGGCAUUGGACUCGCAACAGCAAGAUUUGCGUCAAGCAGUCCUCGACGCGUGCGAUGAUUACAUUUCUGUGUACCUCACUUAAAAUAUGAUCAGCUUGGGGCCUUUACACGCAGCCUCUCGUCCUAACAGUAUGCGAUUCAAUAUUGAACAUCUCCGUGUAGACCAGGGGUCGGCAACCUUUUGAGUCGGAUAAGCCAAAAAUUUAAAUUUUCAAUAUAUCAAAGUUUUUAAAGAGUCACAAAAUGUUUUCUUGGCAACAUUAAAUAGUGCUUGCAUAAAUAAUUUUUUUUAUAAAAAAAACUAAUCUAAUUGUUAAUAUGAAAAAUAUUUAUUUUUAUAUAAGUAGUGUUUUUUACAAAAAAUCAAUACAUUUAAUAAAAUUAGAUAAUACAUAUGGUAUUAUUAGAUAAUCACCUAUUAUUAAAGUAAAAAAUGAAAACAAACAUUUACUUUUUACAACAAUGGGCUGAGAGAUAGAAAGGGUGGCCAAUCCUAGUGAGUCGAUUUAAAAAAAUUUUUUUUUUUUUUGUAAGAUAAAUAAUAUUUGCGUAUGGAACUAAAGAGUCGUAUUAUCGCAGGUUGCCGACCCCUGGUGUAGACGGAACUUAAUAAUUGAACACAAAACGGUUCAAUCGUGCGAAACUCACAUAGGGAUGUCACGUGACACGUGAGACCGUAUUUCACAAAUCUUGAACUCCAGCCAGUAAGCCAGAAUGGUUUUGCAGUCUCAGAUUUGUUAUUUCUCGUCUUUAUGUUCAAGAUCAUUAUGUUGAGAUGAUCUUACGGCGAUUGUUGCUUGCGAAAGUAACAUUUGAUUUCUCAUCACGAAAGAAGAAACGAAUUAACUAGAAAGUCAAGAGGAUUUUAUGGGAAAAUUUGGAAUGUCAUACGAUUUUCUUUUUGUUUUUGUUUUUUUUUUUUUUAAUAUUUGAUCUCUUAUUGUUUCUGCAUGUCUGAAUUACAUUGGAACUACGAAUAUCACAGAAAACUAAAUUUUAUUCUAACCAAUACAUUUGCAGAAUGCAAAAAAAUUUUGUUUUUUUUUUUAAAUAUUGGAACGAAUUCUUUUAAUUUACAAAUUUACAAUAUAUUUAUUUAUUAAAUCCAAAUUAUACUCGCAUUUAUGACUGCUGUAAAACAAUUAGGAUAACGCUAUAAACAAAGAAUAAAAGAACUACUUAUCAUUUUUUUAUCAAUACGUGACUUCAAUCACAAUAGCCGGUCGACUACCCAUGAUAAUUUUAAGAUCAAAGUAUUUUUAUCACCAAGAUUAUUUUGUUGUUUUUAUCGAGUAAGUAAGUACUUAUUGAAGAGGUGCUUAUUUUGGGUAGGUACAUACCAAGCACGUGACUUAUUCAUCAAACCACAGCUCAUAUAAUACGUACAUUUAAUAAAGAUCCUUACAAAAAUUAUCUUUGGAAGUACCUAAAUAAAGACGAGAAAUAUUAUUGUAGUUCUAAAUCUAAAUUGUGAUUAGAUCGAGGCGUGAAAAACCAUUUGGUUCAAGCGACAUUUCGCGAAUUACGCGACAUUUAUCAUUGUAACGAAAGGUUUUAUUUGGUAAUAGCAUCAACAGUUCGAUGUUUCUAAUUGAACUUCAAUUAAGUUUACUCCAUUCAAAUAGAUGAAGAUUUUUAUUUUUUUAUUAUAUUUUUUUCAAAUUUUAAACUUUAGGAAAUGACUCUGCUGUAAAUAUGAAAAAAUGUCGCCAAUAAAAAACCAAAUAACCCGUCACCCCUCGAUAUAAUUAAUAUUCAGUUGUAUGCUAAUUAAAUACGUACAUACACACGAUCCGCUGCCAAAUGCUGUAUGGGUUUAAGUUCUGUAGUCAUUAGAACUUACCUACUCAUAACAUACCUACUUGUAUUUAUUAAAGAAUCCAAGGUACCUAAUUAAAAUAAUAAACUAAAUGGCGUUGAGCAUUUUGUUAACUAUAAAAGUUAGUUAUUUUGUUGUUCAUUUGCGUUUAAAUCUUAAAAAAUCAUUUGAAUAUCGAAUAAACCUUUUAAUAAUCGAUUAAAAGUGUUUUUUUUUAAAUACGCUAUUAAAUAUAUGGCAAUAAGCCUUUUAUCAAAAGGAUUAUAUCAAUAUUUUGAUUUAAAUUGACUUAGUGCUAACUUUUCAUUUAGAUAAAAGUUAUCCACAAGAUAAUUACAAUGUGACUUAAUAUGAAAAUGCAACAAUUAAAUUGGUUUACUCAAACAUCUGUAUUAGAUAUCUUAAGAACAAGAAACUUUUAUUUUAAAUUAAAUUAAUCAGUUUUUAAUAAAAUGUUUACAAAAAUGUA